GAUGUGUACGAGGCGAACGAGCCUCCGGUAGCGAGGCUACCAACGAGCCAGCCGCCCGCGGAGUGGGAGCGCCUCUGGAAGGGCUCCGACUGGCUCUGCACCGAGGUGGGCGGCGACUGGAGCGCCUUCCUGUACGCGCAGGGCGUGAGCUGGUUGCUCGUUAAUGCGAUGGGUGCGACGAACUGGGGCGUGGGCUCGGAGAUGAAGCUGCACAUGCCCAGCUGGCGCGAGAUGCAUGGAGAAGCCUUCAUGCGGGGGCUCCCGUCCGUACCCGGCGUCGACACGCACCAGUGGCAGCACUACUACUACGACUGGCAGCCGUACGUCGCCUCCAUCCCGCUCGCCCCCGACCAGGCGUGGCGCGGCCCAUGGCUCGAGGACGGCACGCAGUGGAUCGUCAUGUCGGGCGCGCACGGCGCGUGGCAGUACCGCACGCAGCAGGGCCUCUCCGAGGACGGCACCACCUUUUGGAGCAAGGCGACCAUGCUGCCCGACGGCAUCUCCGUCUCGCGAAACUUCAAGCGGCUGGGCAAUGUCACCGACGCCGAGCUGCAGUCCAUCCGCAGCGCGCAAGCCUCCUCCGGCCUGAUGGCGGCGGGCGCAGCCUCGGGCGUCGCCGCACUGCUGGGAGGCGCCUACUACGCCUACAAAAAGCUGCGCCCCCCAAAGGUGCCGCUCGCGCAGCAGCUGUGAGAGGGGAGUGGCGACCCAACGACCAACCACGCCCCGGACGCGCCCUCACCGCGAGCGCGACACCGCUGCCCGCUGUCAAGUCAGACAUCCAAUCAUCAAAAGACAAAACGCGCGUUCAUGAGUAUACGAUGAUCAUUCAUCACGCGAUCCACUGCGUGUGAGUACGAAGAUAUUUAUCAAAA